AUGGACUUCACCGACACCUUUGCCCCAGUUGUCAAGCCGGGCACGAUUCACACCGUGCUCCAGCUGGCUAUUUCUCGAGCUUGGCCAGUUCACCAGCUCGACAUGUCCAAUGCUUUCUUGCAUGGUCACCUCGACGAGCAGGUGUUCUGUCAGCAACCCACCGGCUUCGUCGACACCACCUACUCGAACCAUGUGUGCUUGCUUUCCCGUUCACUUUAUGGGUUGAAGCAAGGACCUCGGGCUUGGUACCAGCGUAUUGCGGCCUUCCUUCAGCAGCAAGGGUUCCAGUCCACACGGUCCGAUGCCUCCUUGUUUGUUUAUCAUCAGGGCGCCGCUACUGCGUACCUCCUCUUGUAUGUUGACGACAUCAUCCUGACUGCGUCCUCGCCAGCGUUUCUUCUGCAGAUCACAGCUCGUCUCAGCACCGAGUUCGCCCUCAAGGACUUGGGGGCUCCCCAUUACUUCCUCCGCAUCGAGGUCGUUCGUCGUGCCACUGGCUUCUUUCUGCAUCAGCAAAAGUAUGCCUACGAGCUUCUGGAGCAAGCCGACAUGCUUAAUUGCAAGCCUGCUUCCACGCCUGUCGAUACGAAGGCUAAGGUGUCAACCGUCGAGGGUUCCCCGGCGUCCGAUGCUCCCUUCUACCGCUCCAACGUCGGUGCUCUACAGUACCUCACGCUGACGCGGCCGGAUCUGCAGUAUGUUGUUCAUCAGGUGUGCCUUCACAUGCACCCCCCUGAUAUUCAUUGGGCUCUGGUGAAACGUAUUCUCCGGUAUAUACGUGGCACCGCGGCUAUGGGUCUCACUCUGACGGCUUCCUCCGCCACCGACCUCGUCGCCUACUCCGACGCCGACUGGGCUGGGUGCCCCGACACUCGUCGCUCCACCUCACGCUACUGCGUCUACCUCGUGCCCUCUCUGAUCUCGUGGUCGUCUAAACGACAACCCACGGUUUCACGAUCGAGUGUCGAGGCCGAGUACAGGGAUGUGGCUAACGCCAUCGCGGAGUGCUCCUGGCUACGACAGCUGCUUCAAGAGUUGAUGUGUGAGGUUCCCGAGGCCACGAUUGUCUACUGUGACAACGCCUCCGCAGUCUACCUCUCUGCCAACCCUGUCCAUCAUCGCCGGACGAAGCACAUUGAGCUCGACAUCCACUUUGUCCGGGAGCAGAUAAAAUACUUAGAAAAAAACACAAGAGGCCGCGACUACAUGCCGAAUAAUGUGCUGAGAGAGGCGAAGUCGCCGACACCGCCGUUGUCCUCGUCAUCAUUCUCCUCCUUCACGCGGCUGCCCCUGCCGGACCCCUGCCCGGGGUCGCCCUGA